AUGUACUUUGUACUGAAUGGAACUGAACAACAACUCUUCUACUUCGACAACGAAAAGCGCUCAAAACCCAACAGCCUUAUUGAGUUAUCACACUCCUACCUCUACCCCGUUCACGAUAGCCUCUUUGGAAGACCAAAUGUGUUUCAGCUGGUUUCUAAAGACAUGAAUCCUGAAUCACUGUGCUAUCUGUGUUCUGACACCUCAGACCAGGCUCAGCCAUUAUCAUCAUCAUCAUCAGUACCACCACCAUCAUUAUCAUCACCUCAAAGUCACUCACCAUGUGGACGAUCAUUAUCAUCAUCGGCGACGGCUGCAACAGCUGCAGUGGUCAACUUAUCGCCAUCUUUAGCGCUAUCGUCAUCAACUUUAUCGCCAUCGUCGUCGUCACCUCCUACGUCAUCAGCGACAGCAGCAGCAGCUAUGACGUCAUCGUCGUCGUCGUGUUUGACCCAUUUGAGAAGUUUAAAUAUAAAAAUAUUCAGUCUGAACUGUUCGAAUGCUAAACUGGUUACGCAUGCGUAUUGUGUUGUGUCCCUGAAUGAAGUGAAGACGUGUAGAACACAGGUCUGCAGUGACGAUAAGCUGGAGAAGUGCUGGGACGAAGCCUUCCUUAUUGAGUUUGUUGUUGUGGUCGUUCCUUCUAUAAGAUUCGACUUAAAUGACUUGGAGGCAUAUACUGAAGACAGGUGGUACAACAUGAGGUUCACCAAUGCUCCUCUGAGGACGCCGGAGAAAUGCUCCAUCCGACUCAGCAUGCACUACAACUACGAAAUCAUCAUGCCGCUGUCUGAGUACAGCACUCUGAAAGGGAUGUUACUACUAGACGACUUAGAGUUUGUUCAGUCUCUAGUGAACGUUUGCGACAGUAAGAACCAAGACAGACAACUUCUUGCCACUUCACUUCUCCAGCUGUUUAGACACGAGAACAAAGAGACCCUACUCAUUCGGAAGUUCCUAGAAAUCGAUGUUGAUGCUGCUGAAACAAAGGAGACUUUGUUCAGGAGGGAUUCAUUUGGUACGAGCCUCAUGAGCAAGUAUAUGAAUGCCGUCGGGUCUGACUUCCUUAAGAAUGCUACGUCAGGUAUUGUAAACAAAGUCAUGGGCAAUAAAUACACGACUGAGCAGUGUAAUCAAACUGGACUUGAGCAGGAGAAGGAGAUAAACGCAUUGCUGAGUGAAUUGGUUGAUAGCAUUGUGGCUUCGUCUGUCUACGUACCUUUUACAUUGAAAGAUAUUUGCCAUCACUUAAUGAUCAAGCUAUCUCAGAAGUGGCCCAACGAUGUGAAUGUUAAGAGGAAGGCUAUUAGAGUCUCCAUCAGCAACUUCGAACAGAGUAUUGGUUCAAUUGGCACAAAGCCUCAUCAGGAUAGCACGAAUGAUCACACGAACAACUUUGGACCCGAUAACAGACGGAGAAUCAUCUUGUUCUUAGAUGAAGUUUCCAGCAUGCCUAGAGGGUCUAGCAGCCAUCCGCCUACGUCUAUAGACACAGCUCGUUGUCUCGCAACCAUCCAUCAGAUAUGCAACAUGCACAAGGAACAGUUCAACGAACUAACCACUACACAACCGUACGCUAAAAAGGUCAUCACCGUCACUGACAUGCUGAACAAGCGCGAGCAACACAUCAACACUUCGCCCUCUAAUGCUGUCUAA